AUGGCGCAGAAUCCUUUAAGCGUCGUGAUUGUUGGGGGUUCUCUCACUGCUCUUUUCCAUGGAAUUGUCCUUCAAAGAUUGGGACAUAAUGUUCGAAUUCUUGAACGUAAUCCCCUUUCUCAGCAAAUGAGUCUCGGGGCUGGUAUAGCUGCCAUGGAACAUGCCAAAGUAUUUAUUGACAAAUAUGACGAGACCAAGACUUCAUACUCUGUAACGAGUCCAAAUGUCCAAUAUCUUGACCAGAAUGUCAAAGUUAAAAGCACGUGGAAUAUAUCCAUUGCAAUGACCAGCUGGAAAAUUCUAUAUAACGUCAUGAGAGCCAAUUUUGACGGUUUGAAGAGUGACAUCUGUGCUCAACCUCGCAAGCAAAUGGAGCAGCGAGGCUCGGCUAUAUACGAUCACGGGAAGGAAGUGACUGAAGUCGAAUACAGAGAUGAGCUAGUCACUGUCAAAUACCGCGAUACGGGAACUGCAACGUAUGGGACAGUUCACGCUGAUCUUGUUCUUGUAGCUGAUGGAUCUUCUUCAAAAAUACGCCAGGCUUUGCAACCAAAUUUAAAGAUUACUUAUGCUGGGUAUGUGGCCUGGAGAGGAACGGCGCUAGAAAGCGAGAUUUCAGAGAAAACGAGAACAACGUUUGCGUACAAAACGACAUUCUUCGCAUACAAGGGCGGCUAUAUUGUUCUCUAUACCAUUCCAGGAGAAGAUGGAAAUACUUCCCCUGGCCACCGACAGCUCAACUGGGUCUGGUACAAUCAACACCCCGAGAGCUCGCAGGAGUACAUUGACGUGAUGACGGAUAUCGACGGGCUUAGACACCGCAGUACCUUACCCAUGGGGAAGGUAGACCCCCGAAAAUGGGACAAGCAGAAAGCUCUCGCUCUCGAGAUCCUCCCCGAGCCCUUUGCCGAAAUGGUCCAAAAGACCACCAAACCAUUCAUCUCCGCCGUCAACGAUCGAGAAAUUGCCAAACCUUCCAUGUUUGACGGGAAAUUAUUUUUCGUGGGUGAUUCGCUUGCGACGUUUCGUCCGCAUGUGGCUUCGAGUACUAAUCAGGCCGCGCUGGAUGCGCAGCUGCUAGAACGGUUGAUGAAGGGUGAGAUUAGUGUUGAGGGAUGGGAGGCUAAAGUUCUCGCUUUUGCAUCUUUCACGAAAGUGAGGAGUGAACUUUGGGGGGCUUAUUAUGUAUUUGGGAUUGCUACGCCAAUUUUUGUGUCGACGUUCUUUCGAUAUUGGAAGACGGUUGUUGUGCAAGCUUUCUGGAGGCGUCUUUACGGUUAG